GUACUGAUUACAGGUUGCAAUUCCGGCAUAGGCUUAGCCCUAGCUGUAAGAUUAGCUCUUGAUCAAGAUCAAAAGUAUAAGGUUUACGCUACCAUGCGAGAUUUAAGUAAGAAAGAUCAAUUAGUUCAAGAAGUAGGCCAAGCGUUACAAAAGACGAUCUUCAUUAAACGAAUGGAUGUAACGAUAGACGACGACAUCCAUACUACGGUCGAAGAAAUAGUCAAUUCAGAAGGUAGGAUUGAUAUCUUAGUCAAUAAUGCCGGUAUUUGUGUCUGUGCACCAAUAGAAGCAAUAAGUAUGGACGUUUGGAGAAAUAUCAUGAAUGUGAAUUUUAUGGGAUCCUUUGUCUUAACUCGAUCUGUCUUGCCACAUAUGAAAAGACAGCGAUCUGGAAGGAUAAUCAAUAUUAGCAGUAUUGAUGGAGUUGUCGCUAUUCCCUAUGAUACUAUGUACUGUGCGUCUAAAUUUGCUUUAGAAGGAAUGGCUUUAUCGCUGGCUGUUGAAUUACAACCUUAUAACGUACACGUAUCGUUAAUAGCGCCCGGUCUUGUAGCUACUGACAUGCCAAUGAAAGCUGAAAAAUUACUUCCAGAAAAAUAUGGAGUUAAAGAAGCUAAAUUAGAUGAUUUAACACGGAAAUUACAUGAAGACUUAGGGAAAGUUUGGCAGAGUUUUGGCGAUACACUUCAACCUGUCGGUGAAGUUGUUGAUGAAAUUGUUAAAGCUAUGACCGAGGAAAAGCCUGCCCUACGCUAUAUUACUGGCGAGGGAAUGAGCGAUUUGUGCAGCAGAAAACUAGUGGAUGUUACAGGG